AUGUCUGUUCAUUCCAUUAUUUCACUUCUCGGUUUUUCUUUGGAUGACCUGUCCACUGAUGAGAGUGGGAUGUUGGAGUCUCCCUCAAUUGAUAUAUUUAAGGUCAAGACCUACAUGUUUUUUCUCUCCUUCCUCUUUGCCAUUGAAGAGAUCAACAGAAGCUCUCAUAUUUUACCCAACAUAACUUUGGGAUUAGAUGUGUAUAAUGUUGCAUUUAUUGAUGCAGACAUAAUAUAUCAUUCGUUAAAGUGGAUCUCAGGGAUUGACACAAUGAUUCCUAACUACAACUGCAGGAAAGAGAGCAAGUCUGUAGUAUUAAUUACAGGACCAGCAUGGACAGCAUCUGCUCUGAUUGGAGAAUUGUUGGAGCUGUACAAAAUUCCACAGCUCACCAUUGGGCGUUAUGAUCCCACCAUGAGUAGCAAUAUCCACUUAACUUCUUUAUAUCACAUAGCACCUAAAGAUGCAUAUCUGGCCCAAGCUAUGAUCGCUUUAAUACUUCAUUUCCACUGGAAUUGGGUGGGGCUGUAUAUCUCAGAAGAUGAAAGAAGCAUUCAGUUUUGGUAUGACUUUAAAGCACAAAUAGACAAGAACAGUAUCUGUGCGGCCUUUAUGGAAAUAGUGCCAAUCAGCAAAUUGUCAGCAUCUCCAGAUUUUAAAUUGGGCCAUUAUCAUCAGAUCUUGAAAUCAUCAGUUAAUGUUAUUAUACUCUAUAUUGACUCUGAUUCGCUGAUCACCUUAUUUUAUCUGAUAGACCAUUCUCUAAUGACACAAAAAGUCUGGGUCAUGGCAUCACCAUAUCAUUCUUCCAGAAUAAAACAGAGUAUACUCUUUGACCCAUUUCAUGGUUCUCUUAUGUUUUCACACCACCAUAAGGAAAUCUCAGGUUUUAGAAAAUUCAUUCAUACUGUCAAUCCCUCUAAAUACCCAAAUGACAUUUACUUAGCUAUAUUCUGGUCUUACUUUUUUGAUUGUUCAUUUUCUGAUUCUGACUGUACAAUACUGGAGAACUGUCCACUCAAUGCUUCCUUGGAAAUGUUACCUUAUCCAGUUAUUGACAUGGCCAUAAAUGAGGAGAGUUACAACCUAUACAAUGCUGUGUAUGCUGUGGCUCAUGUUCUUCAUGAUUUAUUGCUUCAUCAAGUAGAAUUUCAGGGACUAGGAGGUAUGAAGAGACUGGUGCAUUUCCCUUGGAAGAUGCACUCCUUUCUAAGGAAUAUUCAGCCUGACCAUUUGGAUUCUAACCAAGUGAUUUUGGAUGAGAAAAGGAAGUAUGUGGCAGAAUAUGAUAUCCUUAACUAUUGCCAUUUCCCAACGCAUUUUGUACACAUGUUGAAAAUAGGAAUGUUUUCUCCAUUUGCUACACCUGGCCAUCAAUUAAUAUUGCAUAGGGACAUGAUAGAGUGGCCUUUAGGAUUUACAGAGACCCCACAAUCACUAUGCAGUGAGAGCUGUGGUCUUGGAUUCAGGAAAGCACAUGUGGAAGGGAAGGCUAUCUGUUGCUUUGAUUGUUUCCUUUGUACAAAAAAUGAAAUUUCUAAUGAAACAAAUAUGGAGCAGUGUUUGAGGUGUGCGGAUAAUCAAUAUGCUAACAUGCAGAGAAUUCACUGCAUUAAAAAACAUGUGACCUUCCUAUCCUAUGAAGACACCUUGGGGAUGAUUUUAACCUCAUUAUCCUUGUGUUUCUCUGGACUGACAGUUUCUGUUUUGGGGGUCUUUGUAAAACACCGAGACACUCCAAUUGUCAAAGCUAAUAAUCGAACACUUAGUUAUAUUCUGCUCAUCUCCCUCACUCUCUGUUUUCUCUGUUCUUUGCUCUUCAUUGGUCAUCCCAACACAGCCACUUGCAUUCUGCAGCAGACUGUAUUUGGAGUUGUGUUCACUGUGGCUAUUUCCACUGUCUUAGCCAAAACAGUUACUGUGGUACUGGCCUUCAGAGUUACUUCUCCAGGAAGAAGGAUGAGGUGGUUACUGACAUCAAGAGUACCAAACUUCAUAGUACCCUUCUGCACUCUGAUACAACUUCUUUUCAUUGUCAUCUGGCUGGGGACAUCACCUCCUUUUAUUGAAAUAGAUAUACACUCAGAAUAUGAUCACAUCAUCAUUGUGUGCAACAAGGGUUCAGUCACUGCUUUUUAUUGUGUCCUGGGAUACCUGGGCUGCCUGGCACUGGGGAGCUUCACUCUGGCUUUCCUGGUGAGAAACUUGCCUGAUACUUUUAAUGAAGCCAAGUUCCUGACAUUUAGCAUGCUUAUGUUUUGUAGUGUCUGGGUCACUUUCCUUCCUGUCUACCAAAGCACCAAGGGCAAGUCUGUGGUGGCCACUGAAGUAAUAUCUAUCUUGGCUUCUGGUGCUGGGCUACUUGGAUGCAUUUUUCUCCCAAAGUGCUAUGUUAUUUUGUUAAGGUCAGAAAGAAUUUAUAGUUAUCAUUGUAGGAAUAAGAAACAUUUUGAAACUAAAAUGUCUUCUGAAACUUAA